AUGCCGACAGGUGUUGGGUCAACUGGUGUCCGCAAGCCGUUCGCCGCGCACAACAAAUGGCAACCUGGUCUCGCUGCUCAUUUCAUCAACUCGACACCUUUUCAUCGGCUCGUUACGUCACUGGUUGGUCAGCACCAGACCUCCUUGCAGGUGGUUGUGCUCCGAGAACUUUCCUGCUCAGGAAGACCGCAGGUGGCUCUCCAAACUCCGAAAAAAUUGAGCCUAGUAGAUAAUUUCAACUUGACUUGAAUAAUGUUCACAAAACGGAUUAUUCUAAAAUUCUCUCUGUCAUGGAUCAAGUUGAUAAACUUUUGGAUUAACUGACUUUUCAAAAGAUUCAACCUGUAAAUGAUAUUCAUAGAAAGCGAUUUUGCGAUUUUCUUAAUUAUACAGACAGUUAAAGGCUGGAAAAAUAUAAAAACGAGUUUGAAGCCUGACAAAAUAUUAUCACGAGAACUAUCCGAAGCUCAAAUUUUCUGGCGUAUGACCGGAUAAAUUAGCGCUAAUUGAGAGGAUGAAGCUUGACAUAGAACUUCGAAAAAUGGUUCUUCAUGAUCCUACGUAGUUGAUUUUUUGCUGAUAUCACAAAAAAAGUCAUCUCACGUAACGAUUUCAGUGAAUUUAUCCUGAAUCGAUGAAUUACCUAGUACAAAAUUUCAGAGUGUAAUUAGACGAUCAAGGAUAUGAAGGGAAAAUUUCAAUUCCUACGCAAGUGUGAGUAAUCAAAUAAAGAAAUCCUUGACAUCAGAAGAAAGAAGCAUUUUUAGCGACUUCUAGUACGAAGUUCCAAAGCAGGCCGCCUUAUGACAAAUGUCAGCCGCUCAGCACCGUGGGAAACGGCCCGACAACAACGGAGUACAGCGGAAGAAGACAAAGAUGGGUCUUCGGAUGGGCGCCGCUCCAAAAAGCCAUGCAUCGGAUAUUCGCCACAAACACGCGACAUAUCAGCGAGGAUUCGCCUCAAGGGAAUGUGACCUCCUGGACGGAGGAGCUUUGCCAAUCACCCGUCAUAUGCUCGACGGACGCAUAUCAAACCUAA